UCAGGGAUCAAACACUAUUAGCAGCCUGAUUUUGUCGAGCGGUUCGCCCGGACGCUUGUAAUCAUCAUCGAAGUCAAUUGCUCCUCAACCGUCAGAAUUUCAGCUCAGUUAAACAAACCGCGGUUAUAGUCAAAACUUGGUGAACUCUUCAGUUAACAAUGGCGGUAGAGGAAGAUGCUGCGCAGAGUUACUUACCGUCGAAGAAGAAAUCGGAAUCUGAGGAUGAUAAGAGGAGGAAGAAAAUUGUUCCCGGUAGCUUAAUGAAAGCUUUGAUGAGACCUGGAGGAGGUGAAUCAAAUCCGUCAGAUGGUGAUCAGGUUAUAUAUCAUUGCACAGUUAGGACCUUGGAUGGAGUUGUCGUUGACUCUACAAGAUCAGAAUAUGGAGGGAAAGGCAUUCCAAUAAGAAAUGUAUUGGGCAAGAACAAAAUGAUAUUAGGGUUGUUGGAAGGAAUUCCAACAAUGUUGAAGGGUGAAGUGGCAAUGUUCAAAAUGAAACCUCAAAUGCACUAUGGAGAGGAAGACUGCCCUGUUCCAGUUCCAAGUAGUUUCCCUAAAGAAGAUGAACUCCAUUUUGAGAUUGAGUUGAUAGAUUUCUCCAAAGCCAAGGUUGUUUGUGAUGAUUUGGGAGUUCUGAAGAAGGUAAUAGAUGAAGGUCAGGGUUGGGAAUCACCAAGGGAACCAUAUGAAGUACAAGCUUGGAUUUCUGCAAAGACGGCUGAUGGGAAGUUAAUUCUGUCACACACAGAAGGAGAACCAUAUUUCUUUACUUUCGGGAAAAGUGAGGUACCUAAAGGUCUUGAGAUGGGAAUAGGAACAAUGGCUGGGAAGGAGAAAGCGGUGAUUUAUGUUACAAAGCAGUACUUGACCCCCUCUCCCCUCUUGCCUGAGAUUGAAGGUUAUGAAGAAAUUCAUUUUGAAGUGGAGCUUGUUCAUUUCAUCCAGGUAAGGGAUGUGCUGGGAGAUGGGCGCCUAAUUAAACGACGACUACAGGAUGGAAAAGGGGAGUUUCCCAUGGAUUGCCCGCUUCAUGACAGUCUUUUACGAGUCCAUUACAAGGGCAUGCUUCUUAAUGAGAAAAAGACAGUCUUCUAUGAUACAAGAGUUGAUAAUCAGGGAGAACCUUUGGAGUUCAGUUCCGGGGAAGGGAUGGUGCCUGAGGGAUUUGAAAUGUGUGUUCGCUUGAUGCUUCCCGGUGAGAUUGCUCUCGUCACUUGCCCUCCUGACUAUGCAUAUGACAAGUUUUCAAGGCCAGCUAAUGUUCCUGAAGGUGCUCAUGUUGCAUGGGAAAUUGAGCUUCUUGGUUUUGAGAUGCCAAAGGAUUGGACUGGUUUGAACUUUCAGAGCAUUAUGGAUGAAGCAGAAAAAAUUAGAGUUACGGGUAAUAGACUCUUCAAAGAAGGAAAAUUUGAACUUGCCAAGGCAAAGUAUGAGAAGGUGCUUCGAGAAUUCAAUCAUGUGAAUCCACAAACUGACGAGGAUGGAAAAGUGUUUUUAGACACAAGAAAUUUGUUGCAUCUGAAUGUGGCCGCUUGCUUCCUCAAAAUGGGUGAAUGCAGAAAGUCCAUCGAGGCCUGUAAUAAGGUGUUGGAUGCAACUCCUGUACAUGUGAAGGCUCUAUACCGUCGUGGAAUGGCUUAUAUGGCUGCCGGAGAUUUUGAGGAAGCAAGAAAUGAUUUCCAAAUGAUGAUUAAAAUCGAUAAGUCUGCAGAACCAGAUGCAACAGCUGCUCUAUCGAAACUGAAGAAGCAAGAGCAGGAAGUUGAGAGGAAGGCUCUGAAACAAUUUAAAGGACUAUUUGACAAGAAGCCUGGAGAAAUUUCGGAAGUUCAAAUCGAAGAGAGAGCUGCUGUAGAUGAGAUCAGUGGCGAAAACCAGAAGAAUAGCGAGGGUUCUUCAUCAGAAUGGGAUGAGUCUCCGGAUUUUCCUGCAGCGGUGGCGGCACCUCCAGUAGGUUGGUUUUACAACUUGUGGCCCACCGGUGGAAGACUCUUUUCAGCUCUCGGGUUUCAAAUAUGUACCGUACUCUGAUGCAUGUAAGGUACUCUUUUAUGGUCUGAAUCCGAACUUAACACCAUAGCAUUGGCUGCAGAGUGCUUAAAUUAGUUCUUUCGGGAAA